AAAUCCCAAUCGCCCGCCCUUUCCUAGCUGCAGUAGAACCCUAGCAGCAGAUCGGGCAGCCGCCGGCGGGGAUGGAGGGGCUCGACGUCGACGACAUCUUCCACCACUACCGGCUGAACCCUACGGAAGUGGAGGCCGUCACCUACUACCUGCCACGCCUCCUCUCCGGCGAGACGCUGCACGGCGCCGACAAGCUCAUCCACAGCGUCGAAAUCUCCGGCUGCGAGCCCAAGGAUCUGGCCGCCCGAUACGCGCCCGCGCCGCAGGCCGUGAGCAGCGGCGACCGGUUCUUCUUCACCACGUGCAAGAGCAAGAACGGGAGCAAGCUCCAGAGCGUGCGCGGCGCCGGCGGCGGCACCUGGAGCAUCCAGAAGACCACCGAGAUUUGCCACGCGGGAUGCAAGGUCGGGGAGGUCAAGAACCUGUCCUUCAAGAAGCAGGGCAAGUCGACAGGCUGGGUCAUGGAGGAAUACCGGUGCCUGCUGCCGGAGGCCAUCGUCUCCGACGGGGUGAAGGUGUUCUGCAAGAUGCACUUGGCUCAGCAUGCCCCUGACGCGGCCCGCCAGGAAUCGCAGGCGUACAAGCUUCAGCAACAGCAACCAGAGGCCGUGACCCCGAGCGCACACGCGCAGAAGAGGCCAGCGCCCGCUGCCGCCGCCGAUCCUCAUCCGCCGCGCCCCAAGAAGAGGAUGCGCGGUGCCGUCCCGGUCCCGGCGGCACUUGCCACAUCGUCGUUCACCGCUGCAGCACCGGUUUUCUUGCCGGACGAGUCCGUACCUGAAGCUGACGACGACAUGGUCCGGUUCUGUUGCACAAUCGAUGAGCUUAUUGGGUCACAAGUGGAGGAAAAUCUCCCGGUCGGAGCUACUAACAACAUCGAACAGAAUUUCUACUUGGAACCAGAGGGGCCGCAAAAGCUUUUCGCUGACGCUGGAGAAGAAAUCGUCCCGCUCGAAGCUGACGAGCUGGAGUUCCUUAGGGCUAUACUCGAUGAAGAAGCAGAAGAGCAGGAGCGGGAGGCUGUCUCGACGAACGACAAGUCAUCCAUUGUCCAAGACGUGGCGACUUACAAGCCGCCGCCGAUCAUCUUCCGUGAUCCAUCUGAAGCAGAGUGGCAGGAUGACGAGGGGCUGGAGAAGGAGAAGAGGAACAAUGCCGCGCCGGAUCUUGACGCUCCAUCGCUUCAGGGACAGGACCACUUGUCCAAACCGCAGCCGUGCUCCUUUGAUCCAUUUGAAGAAGCGUGGAAGGCCGAAGAGGCGCUCGAGAAUGAGAAGAGGUGCAAUGCCGCGGCCAAUCUUCAUGCUGGAGGGCACAGCAACUUCUUCUCGCCUGCAAGUGUCUAUUAAAUCCGAUGUUGAAAUUCUGUUCAAAGUGUAUAA